AUGUCCAGUGACAGUAUAAAUCGCCCUCCAAAUCAACCCAUACUUUUGAGCUUCCCGAGCAUCGAUGAUCUUGUCCCAAAGUUGAGGCGCUACGUCCUCAAGCGCCAAAAGGAAACCUUGGAUAAGCAGGGCCGUUUCGUAGUCGCUUUCGCUAAGUGGCACAUCUACUUUGCCGAUGAGCGAGUCGUGCCGCUCGGCCAUGAUAACAGCAACUAUAAGCAACUAAAGGACCAGUUGUUGGACAAGAUCCCUGUAGAGCUUGGAGCUCCGAAUGUCUAUCCUAUCGAUGCCGACCUUGUUAACGAGGAAGAUGAGCUAGUCGAGCACUACGAGAAGUCCGUGAUAGAGAGAUUAACUCAGAAAGACUCUGCUAGGUUCCCUAUCUUUGACCUAAUCCUCCUUAACUGCGGCUAUGAUAGCCACACCUACGGCCUAUUCCCCGACCAUAAAGUCUUGACCGAGGAGGAUAGAUAG